AUGACAGCUAAUUCCAACAUUGAAGGGCAAGCGACGGAGACUACUGCUCUCCUCAACCGAAAGUCUACACAGGCGCGCUACUCCGUGUUUACCACCACUCAAAAAAGAAUUUUGAUCUCCACAGCCUCUUUGGCCUCAACACUCUCUCCUUUAUCAGCAAAUAUCUAUUACCCAGUGCUGAAUUCGAUGGCCAAAGAUCUCCACGUCAGCCACACAAUGAUGAACUUUACUAUUAUGGGUUAUAUGUUAUUACAAGCUUUUGCGCCGACUAUUGCUGGCUCCAUCGCUGAUGUCAUUGGCCGUCGGCCUGUAUACAUAUUUUGCUUCCUCAUCUAUAUCGCUUCAGAUGUAGCUCUCGCUCUACAGAGAACUUUUCCUGCUCUUGUUAUUCUUCGAGCUGUUCAAAGUUCCGGCAGUAGCCCAAUGGUAGCUCUUGCCAGUGCUGUUGCGGCAGAUAUAGUAACUUCUGCUGAAAGAGGCAUGUAUCUUGGGAUCGCGUCACUUGGCUCUGCACUCGCUCCCUCCCUAGGACCAAUUAUUGGCGGCAUACUUAGCCAUUGGUUUGGUUGGCCAUCUAUAUUCUGGUUUCUAGCAAUCGUGGCUACGUUAUUCUUUGUGCCAUUCUUGCUAUUCUUUCCGGAAACUUGCAGAACGAUUGUCAAAGAUGGAUCCGUACAGCCACUGGGGUUCAAUCAGACAAUAUAUCAAUGGAUGAAGCGGAGCCCACAACAGCUUAAUAGAGAAGACCAACCACAAAGAGAUUUGACGUACUUAGGAAAAGCGGGUAUCAGCCUGCCCGAUCCUCUUGUCACCCUGCGAGUUGUGUUUCAGUUCCCCACAGGAAUCAUCAUGCUGGGUAAUGGCAUUCUUUUCGCGAGCUACUACGCUGUCAUGUCUAGUGUUCCAUCACAGUUCGAAAUCUUAUAUGGAUUCAACGACCUCCAAAUCGGUUUAGCCUUUAUACCCGCAGGACUAGGAACCCUAUUCAGUGCUUUCACGAACGGUAUACUUGUCGACUGGAACUACCGACGUGUAGAAGCAGCCCUGGAAGAGAGAGGUGAUAACGAGCGAAACACCAAAGAUAAAUUUCCUUUCGAAAAGACGCGUCUGCACAUAGCUUUGCCCAUGAUGAUCUUAGCAGCUAUAUCUAUCAGUGUCUACGGUUGGGUCAUUCUUUUCCGCACCCCAAUUUGGGCUCCUUUGGCUUUGCUGUUUUUGAUCGCCUUUUCGGUUACUGGGGCCUACAAUGUAAUGAACAUAUUGGUUGUCGAUCUCAAUUAUUCAAAGCCUGCAACGGCUAUGGCUGCUAAUAACUUAGUAAGGUGUACACUCGGUGCGGCUGCCACAGUUCUCAUUCACCCCUUGCUCGACUGGCUCGGCAGAGGAUGGAGCUUUACGUGUGUUGCUGGCGCUAUCAUAGUAGCCACCCCACUACUCCUAGUGUCUUACAGGUGGGGACUUGCAUGGAGAACAUUCUCAAAUAGAUAA